CUCAGGGAACAUCGGAUGCCGCGGAGCUCCCGCGCCAGCCUCCUCCCACGGGCAGCAGGUUGGCUCCUGGGAGGAGAGGCAGCACAGGGAGGUCCCCAUCCCUGUCCCCAUCCCUGUGUCCCGCAGAGCUGCCUCAGCAGGCAGCAGCUCCUGGCUGCCAUCCGGCAGAUGCAGCAGCUGCUCAAGGGGCAGGAGACGCGGUUCUCCGAGGGGCUGCGCGCUGUCAGGAGCCGCCUGAGCACCAUCCACGCCUCCCUGGCCAAGGCCGCCCCCGAGCCGCCCGCCGCCGCCUGUCCUGCCCUCCAAGCCCCUGCGGAUGGGAGGAAGUUCGGCAGCAAAUAUUUGGUGGAUCACGAGGUUCACUUUGCCUGUGACCCAGGAUUCCAGCUCCUGGGCUCCAGCACACGGAUAUGCCAGGCCAACGGUAGCUGGACAGGGCAGGAGGCCCGCUGUGCAGAGAUCAGAGAGUGCUCGAGCAGCCCCUGCCAGAAUGGUGGGACGUGCCUGGAGGGUCUCAACCACUUCAAAUGCCUCUGUCCCCCGCAGUGGACCGGAACCACCUGCCAGUACCAGGCUCAGACUGCUCCUCCCACCUGGAGCGUGAUGGACGACCCGGCCUUCAGCCGGCAGCCCCGCUGUGCCCAGGUCGCCCAGACCCAGCAGUGCAGCUGCGAUCCCGGCUUCCACAUGAGCGGCACGGCCUCCAACGGGAUCUGCCAGGACCUCAACGAGUGCGAGGUGUACCGGCUGCAAGGGGGACUCCGGCUCUGUGCCCAUGCCUGUGUCAACAUUCCCGGCUCCUUCCGCUGCUCCUGCCCUCCUGGAUACGUCCUGCUGGGCGACGGCAAGAGCUGCGAAGAUAUUGACGAGUGCUCCCUAUCCCAGGAUAACUGCACAAGUGGGAGCACCUGCAUCAACACCGGGGGGGGAUUCCAGUGCGUCACCCCCCAGUGUCCCCCGGCCGCCGGCAACGUCUCCUACGUCAAAACUUCCCCCUUCCAGUGCGAGCGCAACCCGUGCCCCAUGGAGAGCCGCUCGUGCCACCAGGCGCCCAAAACCAUCUCCUUCCACUACCUGCCCCUUCCCUCCGGGCUGCAGACGCCGGCGCCGCUGUUCCGCAUGGCCACGGCGGCGGCGCCGGGCCGGCCGGGCCCCGACAGCCUGCGCUUCGGCAUCGCGGGCGGCAACGAGCGCGGGCACUUCGUGGUGCAGCGCUCGGACCGGCACACCGGGGAGCUGCUGCUGCUGCAGAGCCUGCGCGGGCCCCGCACCGUCCACGUGGACGUGGACAUGGCCGAGUACCUGGACAGGGCGUUCCAGGCCAAGCACCUGUCCAAAAUCACCCUCUUUGUCUCGGCUUAUGAGUUCUAGGGGUGGGUCCUGCUCCCUGCUCAGCAUCCCGUGGAUCAUGGGGAAUGUCCGGGUUGGAGCUGCUCUGCAGAUGUCCGGCCUUCUCAGCUCUGUCCCAAAGUUCUUCUUCCCAUGUGGAUUUAUGCCACCAAAUGAGGUGGACAAGCUCAUCCCAGCUCCAGAGAGAUGAUGUCCUGCAACAGCAGAUGGAAACCGCAGCCCUGAUUUUCUCUGAAUUCCCGUUUUUUCCUUUAGGAAGCGGUGAAGCCAAGUGUGUGGGAAAAGGGAGGCUCAUGGCCUUUCCUGCUCCCCUCCCUGUUGCGCCCGGUCCUGCUCCCUAAAAACACACUUCCACUUCCCUCUGAAUGCUGAGAAUCCCCCUGGCAGCCUGUAGGGAUUGAGGCCUGGUGCCUCAAUCCCCUGGGAUUGAUCAGGACUGGAACACUCCAUGAACACCCACCUGGGUGCCCUCCUUGGCAAAUGGGGCAAAGGAGGAAUUCCAGGGCUAUCCCUGCUCCUUAAACCUCUCAAAUGGGGAUCCCCCAUGGAUCCUCUUCAUAGCAGAGCUUAGCUGCACGUGGAAGUGGGAAUAUUCCCUGCUCCAUCAGUCAGAGCCUCCAUCCUGGCAUAGGAAUGCUGGGAAGAGCUGGGAUUCAGCUUUUCCCAGGAGGAUUCACCCCCCUGCUUGUGCAUGUUCUGCAUGUUCCCUCAUCCCACUGGAUUUAGUACAAUUAAAGGAUGAUGUAAAGGA